AUGACAUCAGUUUUACAACCUUUUAAAGGAAACAGAGUGGUGGGGUGCGAGGACUUCGCCCUCCCGGCCAACACCCAGUUCGAACGCAAGCGGAACAAGAUGACCAUAAAAUGCAACUCGUCACGUGACACCUGGUACUUGACCUGCAGACAGAACAAGUGGAUCGGAGGAAUCAGCAACUGCUCGGAAGAUAAAGCCUGGAGCAACGGAUUCAGUUGGACCAACAAACCUAAGCUCCUCCCUGGCAACCAAUUGGAAGGACGCUACACUAGAACCGACCCAAUUCGGACUUGCCUGGUUGGCGCGGUUGAGCUGGAAAGCGUGUGCCUGUCAUUGAGGCUGCCUGCGCAGACCAUUAGACCGGCUUGUGAGAAUUUUGAUGUUUCUGAAAUUGGGUCAGACCUUUCAGAUCUGUGCAGGCAAGCCGGAACGUGUCUGUACGUUCAAACGAGAAAGACGUGUCAACUGCUGCUGCUUGCCAUUCUCAGUGUCCUGACUGUUGCAGAACUGAAAGUUAUUUUCAAGAGUAAUGUUAAAAACAAAUUUCUUGAGUAG